CACUACGUUUAUGAAUUGACAGCUAUUGACAUAUCGCAAACAAAACGUGCAAUCAAAAUUAAAUUCAUCUAAAUCAAAACAAACGAGCACCGAUUGGAAAAAUGUCCCGGCAAAGUGAUGAAAAACCUGAAACAUCAAAUCAAAUGACUGAGAGGUUGGAUGAGUUUGUUGAUUUUGUGACCGGUUUAGUGGAACCAAAAAAGCGGCCCGAUGUUUCGUUAAAGCGAUGGCAUAAAACCGUAUUGACUGGCACCAAAAUUCAACCACAAAACAAAAAGGUUAGACAGAAGACAAAAAAGAAGUCAAAGGGCUUGACACGAAAAGAGUUCACUGAUUUGGGUCUUUUUAAUUUGCCAACAAAAUCGAUGAAAUACGCCGAUCUGUUGCCGGUGCAUGAUCUUUGGGUGCAAUACAUUGAAAAACAACUGGAGCCAUACAUUAAGAAACGAGAAAACGGAAAAUUCGGCGUUCCAGAAGUGUACGAUAAUUCAUACGAUGCAUUUAGUAAAACACUCAUCAAGUCUGAUUUACACGGUGCUAAAGUGACUGUAAUCGCAUCAUGUAAUCCUUCAUUAGUUGGCCAAACGGGGCUUGUGGCAAUGGAAACACGGAACACUUUCAAAAUUAUCAGCGAGGACAAUCGAAUACGAACAAUUCCAAAGCCAGAAUCAGUGUUUAAGAUAGUUGUAAAUGGAAUCGAAUUCAAAAUAUUCGGAAAAUAUCUGAAUAUUCGACCUGCUGAGCGGGCUGUUAAGAAAAUUAAAACAAUCAUGCAUCCAGAUCUGUAGUUUUUAAGACAUUUUGUAAAUAAAGAAUGCAUUUUUUUAUUCAAA